UUAGAAUUUAUACAAAAAUUGAACACUGAAAUAUUGGUUUGUGUUUAUGAUAUCAGUGUUAUUCAAAAACAUAUUUGAAUUGAUAAUAAAUUGAUUGAUUUACGUUCACUUAAAUAACAACCAAAGAUAAACUUUGCUGUGUGGUCUUUACUGUUUUUGCUUUUCAUAAACUGAACAUUAUUUUAAGUUCAAAAUGAGUGAUGAUGUUAUCAAACAUUCGGUACACACUUUAGUGUUUAGAUCUUUAAAAAGGUCCCACGACAUGUUCCUUUCAAACCAAGGAAUGCUUCCACCAAUUGAUGAUAAAGCUGAAAAUAUUUUGAAAGUUAUUAAGAGUAGAGAUAGUUAUGGGCUUGUAAUGUCUGCGGUACAAAAGGCACAGGCUAUAAAAGAGAGGGAAGCAAUGAGUCGACCAGAAACCCCACAUGAUACAGAAAUAGCAGAAUCAGCAGCCCUAGCAUCAGAUGGAGCAAUGUUGCCAUACACAGGACCUGCUGCCCCAACAAGCACAGCUAUUACUCCUUUGCCCCGUAAAGCACCAGUAAUGCCAAAACCGAAAUGGCAUGCUCCAUGGAAACUUUGCAGAGUUAUUUCUGGACACUUAGGGUGGGUGAGAUGUGUUGCUGUUGAACCAGGAAAUGAAUGGUUUGCUACAGGAGCCGCAGAUAGAGUGAUAAAGAUUUGGGAUUUAGCAAGUGGAAAAUUGAAGGUAUCACUGACUGGACAUGUCAGUACUGUAAGAGGUCUUGAAGUGUCAGCGAGGCACCCAUAUCUUUUCAGCUGUGGAGAGGACAGACAAGUUAAAUGCUGGGAUCUGGAAUAUAAUAAAGUAAUACGUCACUACCACGGCCAUCUAUCAGCCGUGUACACAUUAGCGCUCCAUCCGACUAUCGACGUACUGCUAUCAGCUGGUCGAGAUGGAACAGCUCGUGUUUGGGACAUGCGGACUAAGGCCAAUGUACACACACUUACAGGACAUACGGAUACUGUCGCCUCGCUUGUAAGUCAAGCUUCUGAGCCACAGAUCAUUACUGGGUCCCACGACUCGACUAUUCGUCUCUGGGACUUAGCAGCUGGGAAAUCCCUUUGCACACUUACAAACCAUAAAAAAUCUGUGCGCUCUAUAGUCAUACACCCUACAUUGAACACAUUUGCAUCAGCUUCGCCAGAUAAUAUAAAACAAUGGAAAUGCCCAGAAGGAAAGUUUAUUCAAAACCUGUCCGGGCAUAAUGCCAUAGUUAAUUGUAUGGCAAUCAACCCUGAAGGGGUAUUAGUUAGUGGAGGCGAUAACGGGACCAUGUAUCUGUGGGAUUGGAGAACCGGCUAUAACUUCCAAAGAUUGCAAGCUGCUGUACAACCAGGGUCAAUGGAUUCUGAAGCAGGAAUAUUUGCAAUGACCUUUGAUCACUCAGGCUCCCGUCUCAUCACAACAGAAGCUGAUAAAACUAUCAAAAUUUACAAAGAAGACGACACAGCCUCUGAAGAAACACAUCCUAUUAAUUGGCGGCCGGAGAUUCUGAAACGACGAAAGUUUUAAAUAAAUAUUUUUCGUAUAACA